AUGGACUUGAAGAGGGUUAAUGGUACUUCUCCAAAAAUGCCGGCUAAUGAUGUGAGGAAAAUAAAGAAGAGGAUUUCACAGAGGAUGCAAAGGACGGGGAGUAUGCCACAGAGGAUGCAAAGGACGAUGAGUGUGCCACAAAGGAAGCAAAGGGCGAUGAGUUUGCAGCCUAUAAGCGAGCUGUUGUUGGACGUGAUGGUGUGGGAGAUCUUAAUCCGGCUGCCCGUAGAGUCCCUGGUGAGGUUUAAGUUGGUUAGCAAGGCCUGGUACGCUAUCAUCUCCGACCCUGUUUUUGUUCGUGCGCACCUCCAGUGCUCCAAAGAGAAACAACAUCGCAACCCGUCUUCCUUCCUCGUCACCCCCCAGAUUUAUCUGGAACCAAAUCCUUCCGGUCUUUUCUCCACCAACAUCCGUUUCUACCUGUGGUCUUUACAACAAGAUGACAUGAGCAGGAGCAGUAGUAGUGCAACACUCCUUUAUGGGAGGCAGUUCCCCACUGGUGAGUUUGGGCUGGUGUCACAAAUGGCACACUGUGAUGGAUUGGUGUUGCUCCCCACAAACACCAACACUUAUGUCUUCAACCCAGCAACUAGAGAUGUUGUUGCGCUGCCCAGGUGCCACCGCAAUAUGUUGCAGCAUCCAAGCUGCCUUCCAAUUGGUUUGGGCCUUGAUGUUUCCACCGGAACAUACAAGGUUGCACGGUCUUUCUACCGUUCCGGUGAUUACAGUUCUGUUGCAAUGGGGAUGGAGGUCUUCACUAUUAAUGGUGAAGAGGGCAACUGGAGGGAAACGUUGCUGGAUCCACCAUACCCUAUUGUGUGUCCGCAAACUGCCAUACACUGCAAGGGUUCCCUGUUCUAUUUCAUAGAUAAGAAAAAUCAGCGAUGCCCCGCGCAGGCGCUGCUUCGUUUCUGCCUUCAAGAUGAAACAUUUGGUAUCACUCCAUUGCUUAACAACGUGUACCCUACAGUUGAAGAUGAUGAUAUUGUUCUCCAUGAGCUUGAUGGGGAAUUAUGUGCUACUUUCUUUAGCAAGUGUGUGUGCAACGAGUAUUGGUCUGGAUGGCAAGAGAUAUUGUGA